AUGGAGAAGGGCAACCACGACAAGGGCUGUUGUGACAUUCCGCAGGUGUUCAACAACCAGACGCUGCACGAGUGCUUUGGUAGCAUUCCCGAGGGUCCACCGAGUCCCCAGAAUGGCUGCGAGCUUGGGUUGUGCAUCAUGAAGAAACAUGGAUUCGUAAAGUCGGACGGGCGCUUGGAUGCCGAUCAGAUCCGUGCGUACAUCAAGGACACGAUUAAGGCUUCAAGCGAGAUGAAGCGGUUGAUGGAGACGAUCGUGCUGGAGGAGUGCGGUCCGAUGUUAGAGGCAGAGCGAGCUAGCAUUGAGAAAUUACUGAAGCCGGCCACCGGCCAGUGCUCCGAUCCGAUUCCGGCCAUGCUGAUUACGUGCGCAGCCGGCAAGUUGCAUAUGAAAUGCCCGGCCGAAAGCUAUACUGAUUCCAAGCUGUGCAACGACUUCAAGAGCUACUUCUCCACCUGUACCGGUUCGGUGGAUGAUUUGAGGGAAAUGUUUAUGACAUUCCAAACGCACAAGCUGCCCUGCAUGUCGGAGUGUAUACUGACCUCGAUGGGCGGGUUAACGAGCGGCAAACUGAACGCUAAUGGCUUCAAGAGCAGCCUCCAGCCGAUCGUCCAAAGCAAUCCUACGUUUGCCACAGCCAUCAGCUCGGCCAUCGAUCAGUGCUACCAGACGUUUUCGGCCCCAGCGAACUCCACCAUGACGUCACCGGUGGUUCAAGGUGCAGGACCGGCGUGCAGCGCCGCGGCGGAUGCUUUCCUCAACUGUGUGCACGGCACGGUGUUCCAGGUAAUGGGGUCCGUUCUUGUGGGUUUGGCCAUUUUUGGUAUGGUUUCGAGCCAACCACCGGCGAUUGACGGAUCCUGCUUCCAAGCGAAUCAGACCGUUACCGCGCAGGAUUGCUGCAAAAUCCCGUCAUCGGUCAGCUCGGCCGCGAUGGACCAGUGCCGCAGCGUGCAACCAAGUCCUCCGCCACCUCCAACAGAUGGCUCGUCCAAUGGUGGGCCUCCUCAAGGAGGUGGAGGAUGCAUGAUGCAGUGUGUCCUGACGGCUAUGGGUGGGUUCGCUAGCAAUGCAAUCAACGCGGAUGCGAUCAAACAAUCGUUGGCCAGCACGAUCGGUAGUAGCGAUACGACUUUGACCUCGCUCGUUAGCAGCACAGUUGACACGUGCGCGAGUCAGGCUCAGAGUGGAGCUUCUGCUUCUUCAUCGGAUGGCAGCUGCAGCUCCGCACCGGCAGACUUCAUGAAUUGUCUGGAUACGGCCCUGUUUAAGAACUGUCCGACCAGCCUGUGGACUGAUAGCAGCGACUGUCAGGCGCUGAAGCAGAAGCUCGACAGCGGAUGCCCGUACUUUACUCUACGCGGUCGGGGACCACCACCAUCACAGUAG